AAAGAUGCUGUUUAUAAGAACAUAAUCCUGUAGAACUUCAACAAGGUAAACUAGUGACACUAUCUCACAAAAAGACUUACACUGUGCUGAUGACGUUGUUGUGUUUGUAACCGAACAACGUACUACAGAGUAAUAUCAAAAGAGGCAUCCGAGUGUGUUCACAGCGCAGUAAACGUAGACAGAAUGCAGUUUGACGCCAUCUUGAAAUUGGUUGGAGAGUUCGGACCUUACCAAAGAAGGAUAUACUUUUUGCUCUGUCUGCCUGUCCUGUGCAUCGCUAUGUAUGAUAUCUUAAGCGCAUAUUUAAUGUAUACUCCGAUACACAGAUGUGCACCACUUAUUGCUCAAAAUGGCUCAACUACCUAUGACGUAGACCCCAGAAAUUACCAAAAUAGUUCGAGAGAAUUACAAUAUGGCGAAUGUCUGAUCAAAGCGUAUGGCAACAAGUCACAUGGGGAAGAAAGUAACACCACCGCAUACGCAUGUUCAGUCUGGAAAUAUGAUCAGACUGUCUUUACAUCCACGUUUGUGUCGGAGCAUAACCUGGUAUGCGCCAGCUCGUCCAUCUCGGUGUAUAUACAAGUCGCUAUUCACUGUGGGUCGAUCGUUGGUUCGUUUGUACAAGGGAUUAUCUCAGACAGAUAUGGAAGGAAAAUCACUUUUUGUGGAAGUACUACUUUACUGAUGCUGGCUGGACUCGGCUCUGCCUUUUCAACCAAUAUAUACAUGUUCACGAUUCUAAGAUUCAUACAGUCAACCUGUGCCACAUCAGUUUAUAUCACAGCCUUUGUGUUAGGUCUAGAAAUUGUAGGACCCUCAAAACGACGUUGGGCUGGUAUUUUGAUAAAUUACUUCUACACUGCUGGGCUGAUCGUAUUGUCAGGGAUUGGUUACGGGUUACGGCAUUGGAAAUAUAUUCAGAUAGCUUGUUCCGCUCCGGCAGCUCUGUUUUUGGUAUAUUGGUGGGUAAUUCCUGAAUCUCCUCGCUGGUUAAUUAGUCAGGGGAAACAGGAACAAGCAGGGGUCAUAAUCCUGAAAAUCGCCAAAUCUAACCACUAUGCCGACAAUUUGACACUUGAACAACUGACCGAUGAUGAUGAUGAUGAGUCCGUCAGACAAUACAGAGUGUGGCACCUCCUGUCGACCUGGCCGAUGCUGUUUAGGUCCUUAAUAAUAUGGGCGAACUGGUUUGUGAUCUCUCUAACUUACUUUGGGUUUUACUUCAAUGCCAGCAACCUUAGUGGUUAUUUUUACUUGAACCAGCUGAUUGCUGGUUUGGUUGAAAUUCCAGCCACCCUGCUUUUGUUGCCGCUGUUAGACACGAUAGGGCGAAAGAAGUUAUUUAUCCUAGGAAUGUUUAUUGGAGGGGCAUUCAUGCUUUUAACUGGAGUGCUUGAAAUAUUGAUCUCAAAUCAUGCUGUGACAGUUACACUUGCUAUGAUAGGUAAACUGGGCAUCACGGUUGGUUUUUCUGUUAUGUACAUAUGGGCAGCAGAAUUGUUCCCCACAUCACUGCGAAGCACAGCUAUGGGCUUAGGCUGUGCCUUUAGUAAUGUUGGAUAUAUCAUAAUGCCGUAUAUUGUACAAAUGACAUCCAGUGUCCCGGCCAUGGGCGAAUCUCUACCAUUGCUGUUGUUCGGUGGAUUGGCCAUAAUGGCGUCCUUUCUUACUGUACUGUUACCCGAGACGACAAAUGAACACCUUCCAGAGAUUCUGCAAACUCAUAAAAAAAGAAAGAGGUCCAGAGAUACAACAGACGUCAGCAGACAGGAGUUUCUUCUUCAAAGUUAGUUCGCCGUGUAUGUCUUGUUCAGUGUGGUCAUAGCUGAAUGCUGUGAUAAAUAUAUUGCGCCUACAACCCUGAUAUGUGUAUCGUCCAUGCUGUGAAAAAAUUCUUAACUUCACUGUAGAACUCCUUUUGUUUUAAAACUAUUAGAGACGAAUCCUGGGGCAUUCUUAGUUAUGAAGAGGGUGUCUUGUAAGUCAAUAACAUAGAGUGACUUAAUCAAUAUGAAGUGAUUUGUAUCAAUUGUUUAAUAGUGUCACAUAUGUUAUUAUUAAUUCAUUUAAAAUGUUUUAUAUUGUAUCUGUUUUCCUUUGAAUUGUUAUGUGACACUUCAAUGGACCUAUUAAUUAUAUAUAUAUAUCAUUAUGUAUUUCAUCGCAUUUGGAUCAUUACUAUGAAUCCCACUAACACCAAUGGAAAUUUCCUUCACAUCAAAUUCUGAAAUCACGACUGACUGCAGAAAAUAGAAAGUCUUAUCAGCUUUUAAUUAUUUGGUCAAUUUGCUUUAGAAGUCUUGUAAAUGGAUGUG